UUGUAUUCGCCAGAUUCGUCGAUAUUAUAUAAUUACGUGCCGCUGAUUGCUGUCCCUUUCUUCAAAUGACAUUUCCUCCGCUGCGACACGCGACGUGGGACGCGCUACUACGCCGAUUGUUAGCAAUUGGCAAAUUGCAACACGUCUUAUGUAACCGAUACCGAUACGUACGUUGGGAAUAAUCCCAACGAGAUAACCUAUAAAUUGCACUCCAGGAAUCCGCUUGUGCACAUUGCAGAUCUCGCGCGACAGAGAGGGAGUGAGAGCGAGAGAGAGAGAGAGAGAGAGAAUUAUGACCUCUUUAACGUAACACGAGUCGCAAUCAAUUUCUUACAAUGUCUCAUUGCGAGGAGGAUGCGGCGUCUCCCGGUUUUCACCAGUUGAGCGUCACAAUUGAAGCGGCAAUACUGAAAAGUUCAACCUUCUUGAAGCCUAAUCCAUACAUAGAAUUCUCAGUCGACGAUAAAAGUCCUCGUAAAACAGAAGUGUCAAAGUCCACAUAUCAGCCAAAAUGGAACGAGGAAUUUACCAUACUCGUUACGCCAUAUUCGCAAUUGCAUUUUCGAUUACUUGACCAUAGUACAUUUCGUAAAGAUACACUGAUAGGAGAGAAACGUAUUAACCUGUUCCAAGUGUUGUCGCAUUACAAUGGGAAGCUAGAAAAUUUAGAAUUGACGUUUGAUUUAAUGAGCGAGAGCAAGCACGAUUCUCAACUGUGCAAAGUCGGUGAAUUGAUUACUGUAUUUGAUGGGCUUAGAAUUGAUACUACCAACGAGAUAGCGGUAAACGUUAACGAACCAUCUUGCCAAAUACAAUCGGAUGGUGCUACCAAUGAUACACUCAACAACCGAAGUAUUCUCAACGGUGGAGUCCGCGCGCGUAUGAGAUUACACAGUUCGGAGAAUCUUGCACCGUCUAUAUAUCGUGGUUUGACAAAUACUCACCUCACUCCCAGUUACAAUAGUGGAAACGGUCAAGCAAACAGCAACAAAAUUGGACUCUCGACUACGACCCCGAGUGCGGAUGGUAGCAGCGCUAGCAGUAGCAGCCUUUCCACUAGUAUUUUCGUCAACGGCCACGCGAUUCCAAUUGCGGAUAAGUCUAUGAUGUCGCCAGGCAACCGCCAUGCCACGGAUGUACCAACUUUCGCAGCUCUUCCAGAUGGUCGUGUAAUAACCCGUUCGGAACAAUCGACGAAUAUCCUUUUGGUAGACGAUCUCCAUGAUUUGCGCGGAGCGAAACAAUCGGAUCAGUCCGCAACCAUUCGACGAACAAAUGAGGAUCAACGCGCGAUGAAACAACAGCCGGAACAAUCGAGCAACAUUCGUGUGGCCGAACAGUCUACGAGUGUUCGCGCGGGUGAAGAUUUGCGCGCAAUGAAACAACAGUCGGAACAAUCUACGAGCGUCCGGCCACAAGAGGACUCGCUUCGAGCUCCACGUGUGGAGCAGCCAACAAAUACGGCGCUGCUUCUGGAUUUACGCGGAGUUUCGCGCAGUCAACCAAACGCGAGUGUCCCACUGAAGGAUAAUCGUGCUGUAGUUUUUCAUGCGGAACAAUCGACAGUGAUUCCUCUGACCGAUGGACGGACGAUUCCCAUCGUGGAACGUAUGUCUCCUGUCGCGCUACCAGAUUCCCGUUCUACUUCGCGAAUUCCACAGAGCGCGGCUUCAUUGUCGAAUCAAUCCGUCGCCGCACCUACACCUGGUCAAUCUGUGACGCAAUCGGAAUGCCCCGUAAUGCUCACCGAAGAUGUCAGUCAUUCCGAAGAAGCGCUACCGCCCGGUUGGGAAAUGAGAUACGAUAUGUAUGGGAGAAGAUAUUAUGUCGAUCACAAUACCCGAAGCACGUCUUGGGAGAGACCACAGCCUCUGCCUACUGGCUGGGAAGUCCGUCGAGAUCCAAGAGGUAGAAUUUAUUAUGUUGAUCAUAAUACGAGAAGCACCACGUGGCAGAGGCCAAAUACGGAACGAUUGCAACAUUUCCAACAUUGGCAAGGUGAAAGACAAUAUGUCGUUCAACAAGGCAACCGACGAUUUCUCUAUCCUCAGGGUAGCCAAGCUGUUGCCAGCCCAUUGUCGUGUAUGGUUGACGAUGACGACGCUCUGGGACCAUUGCCAACUGGUUGGGAAAAACGGAAACAACCAGAAGGAAGAGUUUAUUAUGUAAAUCAUAAGAACCGCACUACGCAAUGGGAGGAUCCUCGAACGCAAGGUCAAGAAACCGGGAUGGACGAGCCACCGUUGCCGGACGGCUGGGAAAUACGAUUAACGGAAGAUGGAGCUCGAUACUUUGUAGAUCACAACACUCGAACGACAACGUUUCAAGACCCGAGACCCGGUGCACCCAAAGGUCCGAAAGGCGUGUAUCGUGUCCCGAGAGCGUACGAAAGGUCAUUCCGAUGGAAACUGUCUCAAUUUCGAUUCUUAUGCCAGACUAAUGCGCUGCCUAAUCAUAUUAAGAUUAGCGUUAGUCGGCAGACAUUGUUUGAAGAUUCUUAUCAUCAGAUAAUGAACGCGGAAGCUUUUGCAUUAAGACGACGAUUAUAUAUAAUAUUUAAAGGAGAGGAAGGUCUGGAUUAUGGAGGUGUAUCCAGGGAAUGGUUCUUCUUGUUAAGCCACGAAGUUUUAAACCCAAUGUAUUGCCUAUUCGAAUAUGCCAAUAAAAGCAAUUACAGUUUACAAAUAAAUCCAGCGUCGUACGUGAAUCCAGACCAUUUGCAGUAUUUCAAAUUUAUAGGAAGAUUUAUCGCCAUGGCUCUUUAUCACAGCCGAUUUAUAUAUAGUGGAUUUACAAUGCCCUUUUAUAAGCGCAUGUUGAAUAAAAAGUUAGUAAUGAAGGAUAUAGAAUCCAUCGAUCCGGAAUUCUACAAAUCCCUCGUGUGGAUAAAAGAAAAUAACAUCGAUGAAUGUGGCCUAGAAUUAUAUUAUAGCGUGGAUUUUGAGAUUCUUGGACAAGUGAUACAUCACGAGUUGAAGGAAGGUGGUGAUAAAGUUAGAGUAGGUGAAGACAAUAAGGAAGAAUACAUCAGGUUGAUGACAGAGUGGAGGAUGACAAGGGGUAUAGAGGAGCAAACGAAAGCAUUUUUAGAAGGCUUCAAUUCAGUCGUGCCACUCGAGUGGCUGAAAUAUUUCGAUGAACGCGAACUGGAGGUGAUGCUUUGUGGUAUGCAGGAGAUAGAUGUUGAAGACUGGCAACGCAAUACUAUUUAUAGACAUUACACUCGUAAUAGUAAACAGAUUCAGUGGUUUUGGCAGUUUGUCAUGAGAACAGAUAACGAGAAGAGAGCUAGAUUGUUACAAUUUGUAACUGGUACUUGCCGUGUGCCUGUUGGUGGAUUUGCCGAGCUGAUGGGGAGCAAUGGGCCACAACGAUUUUGUAUAGAGAAAUUCGGGAAAGACACCUGGCUACCAAGAUCGCAUACUUGUUUCAAUAGACUAGAUUUGCCACCUUACAAAAGCUAUGACCAAUUAGUAGAAAAGCUAACCUAUGCAAUUGAGGAAACGGAAGGUUUUGGCCAAGAAUAAUUGUAAACAUAUUAAUUCAUGAUUAAAGUGGCAGCUAUAAUUAACAUUGUAAAAGUUGCAAAUAAUUCAACAUGUGUAUAGACAUAUUGUUCCAAAAAUUUUUAUGAAAUGUCGUAAAUUAUGUGCAAAUAAUGUAAUAAUCUAUAUCACUAUAAUAUUAUAAUUUAUUCCAAUAUAUUUCAUAUUUUAUCGACAUUUUUAACUUAACCAUAGGCAUUCAAUAGAAAUAAGACAUUGCAAAUUGAUAAGAUAUGAUAUUUAUAAUAAACUUAACGAUAAUAUAAAUAUUAAUUAAGAAAUUAGGUGAAAA